AUAUAACCAAAAAUUUAUAUCAUAACAAAUGAUCAUUCUUCGAAUUUUUUCAAUCAUUCAUAAAUAAAAGAAGUGUUUCCUUUAACAUAAAAGUUUAAAACAAAAUAUGACAAACCCAGCGAAUUAAUUUAUUAAUAAAACUGAUUUUUUGUAUUGCCAAAAGUUAAAUAAUAGAGAAUUACAAAAUGGAAACAGAAAGUUCCACCGCAAUAACAACGGACGUAAAGUUUUAUUUCUUCAGUACCCUUAUUUCAGGUGCUGUAGCUGGAGCUAUAGUAGAUGUGGCUCUCUUUCCCAUAGACACAGUCAAAACAAGACUCCAAAGUGAGAAUGGAUUUUGGAGAUCUGGUGGUUUCAGGGGAAUUUAUAAGGGGUUAGCUCCAGCAGCAGCAGGAAGUGCCCCAACUGCUGCCCUCUUCUUUUGUACCUACGAAGGAUGUAAGAAAUAUUUAAGCUCGGCAACUGGGCAUACAAAUUCGCCCUACAUUCAUAUGAUAUCGGCUUCAUUUGCAGAAGUUGUUGCAUGUAUUAUUCGAGUUCCAGUUGAAAUAGCUAAACAACGUCGACAGGCUCUUUCAAAUCGAUGUGAAAGAACUGCUUUGAAUAUCCUUUGGACAGCUUAUAAAACUGAAGGUAUUCGUCGUGGCCUCUAUCGAGGUUUCGGCACGACUAUUUGUCGAGAAAUUCCCUUCUCUCUUAUACAGUUCCCAUUGUGGGAAUUUCUGAAACAUAAUUGGUCAGAUUUUACCGGUCUGCCAUUGACACCAGUAUCGGUAGCAAUAUGCGGAGCAAUUGCUGGAGGUAUAUCUGCUGCGGCGACAACACCCUUGGAUGUAGCCAAAACGAGAAUAAUGCUUGCUGAUGAAGUCAGCGGACGUAAACUUGGCAUGAGGAGCGUUUUAAGAGCGGUAUACAAAGAAAAAGGAUUCAAGGGGUUAAUUUCUGGAAUUUUACCCAGAGUAAUGUGGAUAACUAUGGGCGGUGCAAUAUUCUUUGGUUUCUAUGAUUUAACAUCAAGAAUACUUAAGUUUGACAGAACAUAAUGUUUAUAUAAAUGCUCUUUAUGUAAAUAAACAUAGCACAUCUUUUUAAAAAUGUA